UUUUUUUUUUUUUUUUGUUCAUUCCCAGAACAUAACGGCCGUGCAGCCGUCGCGCAGUGACGUCAGAAGGCACCGCUGCUGCUACAAUGGGGUGAAACGGUGACUGAAGUGAGUCGAGAUUUAACCAUUUAUAGAGAGAUGAGAUACACCCGCGAACUCUGGAACAAAGACUUGAUUCAAAAUUCAAAUCUGCGCUUAAGAGUCGGUUUUGACAUUUCGGCAGCAUGAGAGAAACGCACCCCCGUGGUGCCUUCACGGACCCCGGAGCAGAGGACUUGCAGACAGGCGGGCAUCGCUUCUCAACAGAAGGAAACCUCAAAAUGCACUUUCUUUCGGCGGCUUAAACCAAAUAUUUCAGCUAUUUUCAAACUUUGAGUCUGGCGGCGAUGGCCGUCACGAUGGACCACCUGCCGACACGGGCUGCUGACCUGUUACAGCUCCUUGGCUUUUUAUCGCUCGUCUCUUGAAUGACAGUGGAGGGCCGGCGCAGGACAUGGAGGCAAUUGAGGAGCCGCAGGGAAACGUCUCCUUGCAUCAGUCCACCACCAGAGGAGUUAUCAUGACCGUCUUCUCCAUGACUCUUGGAAUCAUCUCCAACAUCGUCGCCCUCUUCAUCCUAGUCGACGCCUAUUCGCAGCAGCGCCGCCGCUCCAAACCCACUUUUCUGUUGUUCGCCGCAUCACUUGUUGUGACAGAUUUUUUUGGCCAUGUCAUCCCCGGGGCCCUGGUAAUCCAACUGUAUGUGUCUGGUGGUGCGGGCCCAGUUAGCACGUCGGAUGGCAUGUGUCAGUUCCUCGGGGGUUGCAUGGUGUUCUUUGGCCUGUGCCCUCUAUUCAUGGGCUGUGCCAUGGCGGCAGAACGCUGCCUGGGGGUGACCAGGCCGCUCCUACACGCCUCCCUGGUCACCACCACCCGGAUUAAAGUGUGUCUGGCUGGAGUCUGGCUGGCAGCUCUGUGCGUGGCCUUGUUACCCUGCGUCCACCUGGGCUCCUAUAGCUACCAAGAACCUGCCACCUGGUGCUUCAUCAAAGUUCUCAGUGACACCGAAGCUGUGGACGUCGCUUUCAUGGCCCUCUUCUCUGGACUGGGUCUGGCCGCGGUGGUCAUUGCUCUGGUGUGCAACACCAUCAGUGGACUGACGCUGGUGCUGGCUCGGAUGAGACGGAAGCCAGGCUCCCAUCAUUCCACACAUUCACAUGACAUAGAGAUGGUGCUGCAACUGGUGGGAGUCAUGGCCACUUCUUGUAUCUGUUGGUGCCCCCUGCUGAUCAUCGGCCUAAUGUCAGUGAUUCAGUCGUACACAGGAUCCCUGACUGAGGUCCAUUCCCACUACAGACUGUUGAUGACUGGGGUGAGGCUGGCUGCCUGGAACCAGAUCCUCGACCCGUGGGUCUACAUCCUGCUGCGACGCACUGUCCUGCGCAAAAUCUACCUCUUCAUUAAGUGCCAGUUGGGAUGGGGAACAACCAAUAGCCAAUGGGAGUCUUCGUCAUUUGCCGGUUCAGACAAGAAUGUCACUCAAGUCUGAGUCGAGAUCGAUAUUCAUUCACGUUUCCAAAAAAAAAAAGCAGCUAGGUUUUGAUAAAGGUAUUACAUAAGACUUCAGUCCCUCUUGAUAUCAAAGCACCAACUUUCAUGAAAACACUUCCCAGACCACAUGUUCCUCUUAUGUAACCACGCUGUAACUAUUCGCUUUCAAUGUACAGAACAGCUGAAUCAUUGCAACCAGCAAAGGUCGCUUGCAUUUAUAGGUGGAGUGAGUAAUGACCAUUGAAUUCUCGGGCAUGCGGUUCAAUGAUAUGUUUAACUGGUGUUGUUUCAA